UGUUUGUUAUUAGAUAUGCUGAUUCUGCGACACAGGAAGAUCUGUUAAAAUAUGGUGCAUCAUUAGGCAGAACUAAUCAUAUGGGGAAGAUGCUAAUUGAAUAUAUAAAGCCUAGUAUUUUAGAAAAGCAUUUAAAUAAUUGUGUUCAAAACAAAUUGUGUGAUACAAAUGUGGUGCUUCAAAUUGAUUAUCGAUUUCUCGCUCCACCAACGAAAAUCACAACAAAUGAAACAGAACAACAUACAGAUGAUGUUGAGCCCGGAACGACCACAACAGAUGUUAUAUAUUAUAUGAGUACUUCCACCAGAUUGAAACACUUGAUAAGACAUCCAGUGAUAGCUACCUUUUUACUUCGGAAGUGGGAAAACUGGAACAACAUAUUUAUAAUAAACAUAAUCGUAUAUGUAUGUUUCCUUGUACCUAUAAUUAUUUUUGUUAUUUUAAAUAUAACUCCGAUUAUUUUAAUUAUUAGUCUAGUACUAUUGCUCCUUAGAGAAGGAUGUGAAUAUAUAGGAACUAAAACGUCUUAUUUAGAGCGGUAUGAUAAUUUGCUUGAACUGUUAAUUUCAAUUAUGUUGAUCCUUAUGGUAUUUCUUCAACUUAUUUAUGAGGGUGAAAUACAGCUUUCCUCUAUACUAAUUCUUUUAGCAGCUUUCGAAUUCAUGAUAGUUUUAAGUAUAGCACCAAACUGUUCUACGAAUAUGGCGAUAUUUAGUACAGUUUUAGUCAAUUACUUUAUAUUUUUGUUAUGGUAUUCGGUUCUAUUAAUCGCUUUUACAUAUAGCUUUUAUUCUUUAUUUGAGUGUCAAAAUACAUCGUUUGUCAAUCUCACCGAAUCAUUUUUUAAAAUAAUAAUUAUGAUGACUGGAGAGCUAGAUGCUGGAAAUAUAAAAUUCGACAUGCAUCCACUAAUAGGUAAAACCAUUUUUGCGUUAUUUAUUUUCAUGAUACCCAUUGUUCUUUUAAACCUGCUCAAUGGUUUAGCGAUUAACGAUAUACAAAUUAUUAAACAAAAUGCAGAAUUAACUGGUUAUGCAACCUUGGCAUAUAACAUACAAAUUGCGGAAACUUUGAUUUACAAAUAUAAAAUUAAUUGCAUUAAAAAAUUAUUUUUCAAGGAAGUAAAACCUAUCUUUGACAAUACUUACCAAUUAACUGUAAACGAAAAUAAGGGUUCAAAUGAUAAUCAAUCUAAACAUUCCUGGUGGGUAUUUUGGAAAAACCCAGUUGGAAUAGAAAUCAUGGAACUAGUUCAGACCCAGAAUGAAAAGCAGGGGUUGGAUAUUGAUAUCAUCGAUAUUAGAAAAACACUGUCUGAGAUUUUGAGUGUUUUAAAACCCCCAUUUCAAAACUCUUGUAAUUUGGGUGAAAGGCCAACUCUGCAGGCUGGGUCGCAAGGCCCGGUCCACGAACCGGAUCCGCAGGCCGGACCUUCUGGUGUAUGUGGGGCUUAUAAUAUAUAGACAUGUUUCAAAAUAAAGAACUACGAAAAUAGAGAAAACAAUAGUAUUACAUGCGUAGAAAUUUAAUGUAACAUAUUGUAUACAAAAAUAAUUAGAAAUCCUUAUAUGUCUAUUAUAUCACUCUUUCGUGUAAGCUAACUGUAAUUUACGAAUUUAGAUGGUCAGCUCCAUCUGAAAGCGCUGUAAAUGAAAUGAAAAACAUCGCAAAAACCGCAAAAAGAAUCGCAAGCAAGAGUGCUUGAGAUUCUUUGUACUUUUAUAUUUUUUAUAUUUGUACUGUUUUGUAUUUAGUCUAUCAUUUAUAUUUUGUAAAUUUAUGAUUAUUUAAAAUACUGGGUGGGGGCGCACCUCAUUCGCCUCGGUUGAUUAUACGAAAACGGAAAGAUAAAGAAAGAAAAUAUUUUAUGGGU